AUGACACAAAAGCACGUAAUCCACAGUUUUGCAAACGAAUUUGUUUUUUCUUUUUCUUUUUCUUUUUUUACUGGACAUUUUCUGUGGAAGGCGAUAAUUAUUUUUUCUUUUCUUUUCUUUUUUUUUUCAAUAACAAAAUUUAAACACCGUAAUAAAAAAAAAUUCAAAACAAAACAAAAAAAGAAAGGACUUACACAAUUUGAAGAAGAAAAGCAAACCUUUUUUUUUUCAUUUGUUUUUUUAUUCUCCUCGUAUUGUUUUCUAUUGUUAGAGACUUACACAGUUUUUUUAAUUUUUUUUGAGAAAACCAAGAACAUUUUACAAAAACUGUGGGAAACCACAUUUAUUUUUUUUCGUUUUAGUCUUUUUCUUUUAUUUUCUCGGCAAUUUAUUUCCCUUACGCUUAUACCAAAAGCAAAAGCAAAAGCAAAAGCAAAAACCAAAAAACCAAAAAAAAAAAACAGAUAG